ACUGCACGAUCGACACUUUUCCUAGAUACCAAAGACGAAAAUUCAGGAAGCAAGCGUCACAAUCUCUGGUUGCACAUUGAUGGUUCGUGGGGCGGCGGCGUUACUUUCGGUAACAAGUACAAGUUCUUGUUGAAAGGUUCACACCUGGCAGACAGCAUCACUAUCAAUCCACACAAGAUGUUAGGAGUACCUCUGCAGUGUUCAUUCCUGUUGGCACCAGAUGCGCGGAGAUUCCAGCGAGCAGAUAGCUUGACUGCUGCGUAUCUCUUUCAUCCUGGCAAUGAAGGCUAUGACUUGGGUGACUCAACGGUGGGAUGUGGUCGACGGCCGGAUGCAGUCAAGAUGUUUCUCUCGUGGAACUGGUACGGUCGGAGUGGAUAUGAACAGCGCGUGAAUCGUGCGUAUGAGAAUGCUGCGUUAUUGGCAGGCAAGAUUGCAGCGAAUCCUCGCUUUACGCUUGUGUCAGAGAACCCUCCACCGUGCUUACAAGUAUGUUUCUACUUCCAUGCGGAUGAAGAGGCAGGGAGAACAGAUCCAGAGCGGAACACAGAGACAACCAGGCGAAUUGCCGGGUUGUUGGAUAGACAGGGCCGGUUCCUGGUGGACCUUGCGCCUGGCCCCCAUGGUGAAUUCUUCAGAGCUGUGCUCAACUCACCGAAUCAGAAGGAGGAGACGCUAGAUGAGCUGGCGUCUAGUAUAGAACGACUGGGAUCGCAGUAGUGUAUAUACUGCUACUGUAGUAAUACGGCUUGUAUGUUCACCGUCGAAGGCUCCCGUGAGAAUUUUCGUUCGUCUUUCAUCUGCAGGCCCUUGGCAUUGGUAGCAUGUAGCAGCCAAUGCCGAGAGUACACUGUCGCGGGUACCGGUGCCCAAUUAAGCAGCAGGACGGAUUGUUGGCGCGCAUUGCGCAACCACACAGAGCAGUCAAGUACC